AGCUCUGGUUUGUCCGUUGCGUUUGAAAUUCAAACUGCGGCGCGGGCGGCGGCUGCGGAGAGAAGCGGAGUCGGAGGAAAGAAUGCCUUCGAAACGAAAAGCAGCUGGUCGCAAAAAUAAUUCACUGGACUUAAAGAAGCAUGAAAAGCUUCAGGCUUUUCUGAAAGAUUUUGACAUUGAAGUUGAUCGGCGGAAGAGAGAGAUGGAGAAAGCAUUGAACAAUCUUCUCAUUACAGUAGAUGCAUAUUACAGUCGUGCAAUUAUGAAACUUCCACUGGCUGUUAGACAAAUGAAUUACUUGGAUUACCUUGCCAUGGGUGGAAGUGCAGAGGCAGUGGCUGAAGUUGAACAAAAACGUAUUAAUGCGGCCUGUUUGGAAGUUGAAGCCAUAGAAUCUGAGAUCUUGAAAGAUGCUGCACAGCUGAAAACUACAAGAAAACGUAAACAGAAAACAAAGCAUGCCAAUGACACGGUUGUAAAUGAGGGUGAAAACCUUCCUCCAUCAACCAAAAUGUUCCGAAAGGCUAAGCAUGGUGUUACCUUCUCAGCUAAAAGUAGACGUCCAUCAGCAUGUACCACAAAUGGCCGGACUAGAAGGGCAAGUCGGACCAAAGAACUCAGUUCUGCAAAUAUUGCUGAUAUUUGGGGACCCACACCACUGAUAACACCCAAGUUUGAUUCACGGUUGCCAAAGACAGGACCUCGCUUGCGAAAAAUGGGGGAGCGCGUGUAUAGUUUCACAGGAAGCCCACUCGCUGAUGCCACAGAAAUGACCAUCAAUGUCCCAACUGGGGAUGGACAGAACAUCCAAUUUCUGGCCAGCAAGAUAACCAAUACAGAUUUAAGUCAACUGGAUGACCAGACAUUUAAAAGUUUUGAACAGCUAUCUCGUCAGCUCAAUGAAAUGUUGAAGACAAGAAGAUGAAAGCAAAGAUGACAAAAUAUAAUUUGUGUGACUUGUUUAAAGCUUGAUGUCAUAAUAUGGUUUGAUAGUGAAUAAACUGUUUUGUUAAUAAACAUUAUGGAUUUUACAAUUGUAGGGGAUAACCCAUUGCUGGUUCAAGUUAACAACUGCACUUGCAAGCUGUCCUUGCCUCCUGAAUUUCAUGCAGUGCUUUCUCCUGGCAAGACUCUGCACUGAAUUUUCCUGUUUUUCUUUUAAAAUCCUUCCCUACCUUCAGAAUAAAGUUGUUUUAGUCACAGUGCUUAUCCGUGGUUGUCCUUCAGAUAGAAGGCUACCUUUGAUCCCUGCAAUCCAUACAGUAGAGGUAUAACUCGGUAGCUUUCUAGCUGCUGCCUUCUGUGCAAUUUGGAAUAUGGGACUGGAAGCAAGGAGGGUGCACUGGGCAAUGGUGGCAGUUUUCCUGCCUUAUGAGAGACACCCAAUUUUGGAUUAAUCUUUAUUUCUCUAUCCUUACAAUGAAGACUUCUCCAUUUUCUAAUCUGUCCCAGUCACUUUAACCAGCUUUUAUUUUUAACUAAGUUUUAGUUUUCUAACUUUUCAUUGUGGGAUCUGAACUCUGAAAGGAAUGAUGAAAAGUCCCUUUUUAUAAUGCCAACAAAAAUUGAUGGAAAAACAGUGUUCAAUAUUCAAUGUCGAUUUUUGAUUAAACUGAAAACAGCACAUAAUUCAUCUUGCUUCAGCUGAGCAUUUCUCAUGCCAAAGGAGUAGCAGUGUCGGAAUAGUUUUUUUAAAAACUUUGUUUAGAUCUUACAUAAUUUAUAGACCAUCACACAUCCAAAGAAUGCAUUGCUGAUGGCAGAUCUGAUGUACAGCUUAAGUUAUGAAAUAGAUCAGUUCAAUUUUAAAAAAUC